GAGCCCAGGAUCAAAACAAAGAAAGAAGAUACGACUGAAGAAUAAGGAGAACUGAUCUGCUGAUAAUCUUUUUCUUUUACCUUAGCAGCAAGAUUUGACUGCGUAUUUAAGUUACUUUUUGCACUAGUCCACAUUAGAUCUCAAAAUGAGAUGCAGUGCUUUUGCUUGGUGUUUACUUUUGGGGAUCAGCAUCCAGAGUUCAUGGAGUGUUCCCCUCAAGUCUGUUUUUGUCACCUUCCCUGGAGAUGUCAUAAAGAACAUGAGUGACACAGACCUGGCAGAGAGCUAUCUAAAGAAGUUUGGCUAUAUGGACACCUUCCAACGCAGUGGCUUCCAGUCCUUGGCCUCUACUUCCAAGGCACUGAAGAGGAUGCAGAGGCAACUGGGCCUAGACGAGACAGGACAACUGGACAUGCAAACACUGGAGGCCAUGAAACAGCCUCGCUGUGGUGUCCCUGAUGUAGCUAACUACAAAACCUUUGAUGGAGACCUCAAAUGGGAUCAUGGUGAUGUUACGUAUAGGAUCUUGAACUAUUCUCCAGACUUGGAUAGCUCAGUGACUGAUGAUGCCUUUGCCAGAGCUUUUAAGGUGUGGAGUGAUGUGACUCCUCUGACUUUUACCCGCCUCUUCGAUGGCACCGCUGACAUCAUGAUAUCAUUUGGAAAAAAAGACCAUGGAGAUCUAUACCCAUUUGAUGGUAAAGAUGGGCUUCUAGCUCAUGCUUAUCCUCCUGGUGAGGGCAUACAGGGAGAUGCCCACUUUGAUGAUGAUGAGUUCUGGACUCUGGGAAAAGGACCAGUGGUAAAGACUUACUAUGGAAACGCUGAUGGUGCCAUGUGUCACUUCCCCUUUGUUUUCGGCGGCAAAACAUACACCUCCUGCACCAGCGAGGGUCGAGCAGACAAGCUGCCGUGGUGUUCUACCACAGAUGACUAUGAUAGAGAUGGAAAAUACGGCUUCUGUCCAAGUGAACUUCUUUACACAAUCGGAGGAAACUCUGAUGGGGCUAAGUGCGUCUUCCCUUUCGUCUUUCUGGGGGAUGAGUAUGACAGCUGCACCACAGAAGGUCGUAGGGAUGGCUACCGUUGGUGCGCCACCACAAGCAACUACGACCAGGACAAGAAAUAUGGAUUCUGCCCAAAUACUGAUACAACUACCAUUGGAGGAAAUGCUGAAGGAGAGCCCUGCCACUUUCCAUUUGAGUUCCUUGGGAAGGAGUACGACUCAUGUACUAGUGAAGGAAGAGGAGAUGGGAAGCUGUGGUGUGGUACCACUGCCAGCUAUGAUGAUGAUAAGAAAUGGGGCUUUUGUCCUGAUCAGGGUUAUAGUCUGUUCCUGGUGGCAGCUCAUGAGUUUGGACAUGCCCUGGGCUUGGAUCACUCCAAUAUUAGAGAUGCACUCAUGUACCCUAUGUACAGUUAUGUGGAAGACUUCUCUCUGCAUGAAGAUGAUAUUGAAGGCAUUCAGUAUCUUUAUGGAAGCAAAACAGAUCCUAAACCAACUGUCCCUCAACCAAACACUCCCACCACUACAGCCACCCCAGACCCUGAUGUGACUGACUCCACUGAUGAACCUGAACCCACCAAUCGCCCUGCCACCACAACUUUAAAUCCAUUGGAUCCAACAAAGGAUGCAUGCAAGGUCACCAAAUUUGAUACAAUCACUGUGAUUGGAGGAGAUCUUUAUUUCUUUAAAGACGGGCACUUUUGGAGAAAGUCCAGAAAGGGGGAUGCAGCUCUUGAAAGCCCCAUGCUUAUUUCUGAAAGAUGGCCUGCUCUCCCAGCUGUUAUUGACUCUGCCUUUGAAGAUAUCCUGACCAAGAAGCUGUACUUUUUUUCAGGCACCAAGUUCUGGGUCUACACGGGUAAGAAUGUUUUGGGUCCUCGCAGCAUUGAGAAGCUUGGCUUGCCGGACAGCGUUCAGAAAGUGGAAGGAGCACUCCAGAAAGGAAAGGACAAAGUGCUGCUCUUCAGUGGUGAGAACUUCUGGAGACUGGAUGUGAAGACCCAGAAAAUUGACAAAGGCUACCCCAAGUACAUUGAUGUUGUCUUCGGUGGUGUUCCCAUUGAUGCUCAUGAUGUGUUUCUCUAUGAAGGUCGCACCUUCUUUUGUCGUGACCAAUUCUACUGGCGGAUGAACAGUCGUAGGCAGGUGGAUCGUGUUGGCUACGUGAAAUAUGAUCUCCUAAAAUGCACCAAUCCCUCAAGUCGCUACUGAAAUGAAUUGAAGGAUGAGAUGAAAACAGUCUAAAAUGUCAGGGCACUUUUGCAAAUGUAUAAAUGCUUUGAAGAAUGUGAUGUUUGCCUUUAACCUCUGUGUACCAUGUGAGUACUUCUAUGAUGUGAGAUUUGGCUUCGUUUAUGGUGAUAAAUCCUUACGCAUGUGUUGGCCUAGCUUUAGUUCAAAGGGAUCAUACGGGUCAGCAAAUUUCCAUCUUUGACAUUAAUUUGUCUCUAAUCUGGGUGAACAGUAGUGUGUGUGUGUUUACCUGGAAUUUGAGAUCUACAGCCAAACCUUAAACAAAAAAAUUGGAAUCUGAUGGCAGAUUUACAUAUUUAUUUUUAUGUCUGACAGGUUCAGACUUUUAACAGUAUUGAACUAUUUGAUAUUUAUAGCUAUAUAUGUUUGAAUUUAUCUAAAGUCAUUUUUUAUUGUUGCAGCCUCAUGUGUUUUUGAUUAUCCUGUUUUGUUUGGUUUUGUUUUUUCUGAAAAUUGUUGGAAGCCAAACAUUUGCACUGGAAGGCAACACAUCUCAGUCAAUAAAACUAUUUAUGUGACUUAUAA